GUGGCUAGGCCAGUCAGUGCAGAGCCAUGAACAUCCACUCCGUGCUCUCUGCACUCAAGGCUUCCCGAGAGCAGUUAGUGGGAGCGCUUCAUGAACACACUGAGAGGGGGAGGGCUGUGAAAAAAAAAAAAACAAGCCGAGAAAAUUGUGCGAGUGAAUCGAAAGUAGUGCUGUGGAGAAUCAUUUGGCCGCACAGGGGCUUGUUUUGAACAGAUACGGCCAAUUUCUUUCUACUUUUUGUCGACUUGGUGCUGCGCUGCUGCUAGCACGGCGGCGGCCAUCCGGUGAAAACACAGCCGAGUGCCUGAGGAGGGCUGGUGUGUCGGUGUGGGCUGCUGUACUGAGAACUGCUCAGAUGUGUCAGUAAGUUUAAGGUGGACGGAGGCUGGAAUGAGAAGGCCUUGGCGUUUCGACUCGGUUUCAUGGGGUCAUCACCAUCGCAUGAAACAGCCUGACUGACAGAUCCAUCUUCAUCUCUCAAACACAGCAUUUCCAUAUUCUGUGAUCAGGUCAUCAGCAUCAUGAAGGGCGGAGGAGGGGGGAAGGAGCCUCCAGUAGAGGGCGAGGUGAGCGGGAAACAACGGCCCAAACGUAAGUGCCUGCAGUGGCACCCGCUGCUGUCAAAGAAGAAGGCUCUGGACUUCUCUGAGGAAGAGGAGGAGGAGGAUGAAGAAGACCUGGAGAAGGAGCCGGUGGUGUGUGCAGAGCGCGGUAGUCAGGAGCCUGAAUGUGGGGCGAUGGAGGAUGAAGGUGAGGAAGACUCCUCCGAGCAGAGAGCACGUCGGCCCAUGAAUGCCUUCCUGCUCUUCUGUAAACGGCAUCGCUCACUAGUUCGCCAGGAACAUCCGCGGCUGGACAACCGUGGAGCCACCAAGAUCCUGGCUGAUUGGUGGGCUGUGCUGGAGCCCAGCGAGAAGCAGAAGUACACAGACAUGGCCAAGGAGUAUAAAGAUGCCUUCAUGAAGGCGAACCCGGGCUAUAAGUGGUGCCCUGCCACCAGUAAACCAGUGAAGAGUCCCACUCACGCUGUGAGUAACGUUCGAAAAAAGGCCUGGUCUCUCUCCUCCAACCCCACCAAGGAUGCUGCUGUUGCCAAAAAAGUGCCCAAAGCUGACAGCACACCACAGCUUAAUUUUGCCAUGGCAGAUCCGACUAAGAUGGGUGGUCUGAGCAUGCUGCUGCUAGCUGGAGAGCACGCCCUGACUGCCAGAGAGAUUUCCUCUAGCACUUCACAGACUGGGGUCGCAGAUGUCGCUAAGCAUUCUGGAAAAUCUGCCCUUUACCAGUUGGCUGAGAUUUCCUCCUGCCCACACCAUCCUGCUGAGGGACUUAAAAGCUCAGAAAGUAAGAGCCCAGCAGCCCCCCAGACGGAGGCAUGUGGCCCGUCUCAGCCCAACUCGCCCGAUCUUCCUAGCAGCUGUGUGCGGUCUCCCCUCUUCCAGCUGGCCGAGAUCUCCUCUAGUGGUUCUCAGUCCUCGGUUUCUGAGGGGAAGCAGUGUGGCCAGUCUGCUCUUUUCCAGCUCGCUGAGAUGUGUUUGGCCUCUGAGGCAGAGAAACUGGAGGCUCUCUCUUCUCAGCCUGCUGUGGACUCGUCCUCCCUCUGUGCUCAGCACAGCACUGCUGAUGCAGCCCCCAACAACCCUGACCUGCCUCUUCCCACCCCGUCUUCAUCCUCCUCCUCCUCCUCCUCCUCUUCCACCCCUACUGACUGCAGUGCCCCCACGCUCGACCAGCCCGCAAAGAAGAAAAAAAAGAAGAAGCCGAAGGAAGGCAAGGACACGGAAAAGCCCGAGAAGAGCCCCGGCUCACCCAAAAAGACCUGCAAGAAACGCCCAUCAUCCAGCUCAGACCUAGAGAGCUUAAUGUACACCAUCGAGGCGGUGGCUAAAGGGGCCUUUGGCUCGGAGGAGACGGCCAAGAAACGACCUCGACCCUCAGACAGCGAGGACGGCGCCAGCCCCACAGACCAGCCUCCAGCAACCAAGAAGAAGAUCAAACCCAAAGUAAAGAAACAGCUCAGGGCCAAGGAGGAGGCGAUUGAGCAGGAGGAGCAGGGCAGCGGAGAGGACUGCAAGCCGCCACAGACGGAAGGAGAAGCAGCUCCACUUUGUGAGACGGAGGUGAAAACUGAGUGCAAGAAGGAGAUGGAGGUGAAGGUGGAGCUCCCUAACUGCAUGGAGGUCUCAGCUCAGCACAGCACCCCACCACAGCCAAUCAGUGCUGAAGAGACAAGUCCCUCGAAGCAAGUGACAGCAGGCGAGGAGGAUGCCCCACAGCCACCCAGAGGAGAGGAUAAAGAACCAGAAACCAAGCCAGCAAAGCCAGAAGAGAGGGACAGCGACCCCAAACCUGAAGUGUGCGGAUCCAGGAAGUCGGAGCGCAGCUGUAAGGGAGCUCUGUAUAAGACGCUGGUCUCUGAGGGGAUGCUGACAUCACUGCGGGCCAAUGUGGACAGAGGAAAGAGAGGUUCGGUACGGGGUGCUGUGUCUGAGCAUGAAACAGGAUGGACUGAAGAAAGCUGUAGUUUUACUCAGCCAGCCGCCAGCAACCCCAAAAAGCUGAAGAAGUCUAAAUCUAAAGAUGACACGGUGCCAGGCAGUCUAGGAAAGCUGGAGGAGGAGUUUGAGAAAAAGUUUAACAGCCUGCCUCAGUACAGUCCCCUAACGUUCGACAAAAAAAGCACUGCGGUCACAAAAAGGAAGAAAGCCAACUCAGCCAGCCUUCCUGAAAGUCCUACGCCAAGCAAGGGUCCAUCUCCAUCUCAGAAAAAGACUUUAUUCCACAAGAUUGUUAGCAAGUACAAGCACAAAAAGGACAAGCCGGGUACCUCGGACAAAGCCAUAGCUCAGCCUGAACAGGUGGCCGUCGAGGCGGGUCACACAGCGAAGCUGGACGCUGCUUGUGCAUCUCUCUCUCCCGAAGCCCGCAAGGCAGGUGAUGUACCUGUGGGCAGCCAGAAGAGAAAAGCCAGGAAGAGUAAGAUCACUCACCUGGUGCGCACGGCCGACGGACGACUGUCACCCGCAGAGGCGGAUAAAGCCAAGGAGCUGACCCAGGAUCAGGAUGAAAAGCCAUUAACUCAAGAGACUUUAUGCAACAAGGAGAGCUGCUACACUGACCCCAGACCAGCAGAGGCAGACGGGGCGGAAGCGUCGGGCAGCCUGCCGGCCUUCUUCAGCCUAGCAGCCCUCGCCGAGGUCGCAGCCAUGGAGAACGUGCAUAGAGGCCAGCGUGGCGAAGGCCAGGUGAAGGACAUGGCUCCUCAGACGGCUGUGCUGAUCUCCUGCGCAGACCAAUGAAGAAGGCUCAGCCUGGUCUGGACCAGCUCUGGUCUGGGAUGGUCUGGAAGUGGACUUACUGGGGCAUAUCUCUAACUCUUGAGCUUUGUUCUGGGGAUUGAGAGAGAGAGAGAGAGAGAGAGAGAGAGAGAAAGGAAGAAAGGGAGAGCGACACCAGUGAGCGGGUUACUCAGAGGUGACCAGGAAGAGGAAGAAGAAGAAGAGGAAUACGCUUUUCUCUAACGGAAGAUUAUUCCACAUGCAAGCAGAGCCGUGGAGGGGGCAGGCUGGCGCCAAGCCCCAGACAAGCCAGGCAUGCUUCCUCCACUUGUUUCCAGAAGUGCGCACACACCAUCUCGAAGGACCUGGCUACACUUUGCAAAGCCAAGCUGUGCGAACUGAAAAAGGAUCCAGGAGAAAAACGGCUCUCUCUACUACACGUCUUUUUUCUGAUUGGCUCGACUUUUCUGCGUAAAAAAUACUCUCUCACUGUCUCUGUCUCUCUCUUUGUCUCUCUCUCUCUCUCUCUUUUUCUCUCUCUCUGUCUUUCUCUCUCUCCGUUAGAGGAAAAUCUUGUGGCUUCCUGUUCUCCUUCCUGCCCGGAACCAAGCGCGCACACACAGUGUGUGUUUACGUGUGUGUGUCUAUCUAAUAUUGCUCAAUAGCCCCCCCGCCCAUACCUCACAGCCAGCCUGCUUUUACGCCCGAGUUUCGAGUCCCUCUCAGCGCAGGCUUCACCUUGACAAUACACACUUUUAAUGCCUAGAUGCCUCUUUCUGUCCAAGGAACUUUUCAGCGGUGCGUCAGGCCCCGUGCAGCAGGCAUACACGAGUCCGUCAGAGCCCCCCCAGUGUCGUGGGGCUCCCGGGCAACCGGGGGGAACGGCCUGAUGCAAGGCUGAGAGAGACUGGAUGUGGGAUUGUGAGCGGCGCUCUGUGAUCCAAAGCAAACAGAGUUACUGAGUGACUGAAUACUGACCUGGUCAGAAGCCAUCCUCUUUCCUUUUUUUCGCUGUAACGGCACCCUGUUACUGUACUGGGCACCCUUCCACUCUUCACGUGCACAGCUAUAGAGAUGAAUUGAUUUUUUUAGAGCAGUAUACUUGAAUGAUAUAAUGCAUUUUAUGUCAAUACUUGACCUUCCUGCAGUGCGUAUGGGUGAGCGAGUGUGUUUUGCGUGUAUGUGCGCGCGCACGCGUGUGGUGGGUGUGCGUAGCGCCUCAAUAGCUAAUCCAAAAGAGUGCUACUAGUUUCCUAAGGUAGUUUCGUAACAGACACUGCACUAAUUUUUAGCUAUAGUAGGUGAGUCUUUUAGGCAAUGUUUAUCAUAAUUAAUUUUUUUGUAAAUGUUUUUUUUUUUUUUUCCUCCCCCUCAGCUUUUCCGAUUUUCCACUUACAUUUCCUGGCCGCGAAGGCGUCCGAUCAUUUUGUUGCACCUUCUUCUCCGCCAUGUGUUAGCUGAAGCAGAACGGACUUUCUCUGCUAGCCGAAGUUCUGCCUUUCUGCUGCUUCUGUUCAUUCCUGUGUGGGAGAAAAGAGAGGAGAGACAGAAGAAAGAGUAUAGGAAUGGCUCUCUUUCUCUCUCACGCACACAGCCCUUAAACUCAUUAGUGCCCACAACUUCUUGCGCGGCUCAUCAGCCGGUGCAUCUGCGUUGACGCCGGUUUUGUUGUUGUUUUUUUGUUUUUUUUUAUUCAUUUGACGGUCACAAUCAGCUUGACCCAGUCGCGGAGAUGCUCAGCAUCGUGUUGGCUCUUGUGAAAUGAGAGAUGCCUGAAACCUUUCAUUUCCAGAGAGCCCAGCUCUCAGUCUAAAUGAAGGAAGGCUCCAAGCCAGGCUGAAAAACCGCCAAACCGACGUCUGCGAUGUCAACCGUUGAUG